UCAUCAAUCACGUGCUUUAUUUAUCCCAAUUUCUGGAUCGAAAUUUCAGAAAAAGUUGUAAGUUGGAAAUACAAAUCCUAAGUACACGAUGAACCGCCACGUUGCCAAAAUCUUGGAUGACAAGCGGGAGAAGGAUAAUUCGUCCAGUCCGCCACCUCCUUACCAAUCGUCAUUAUCCUCGCCGGAAUCUUCAUCGCCCACCAAUGGAUAUCCGUUCUUAUAUGUGGAUGUGGUGAAGAAUAAGCCCAAAUUGGAGAUGCCUACGCCAACUCCUCCGCCUCAGCCCACUCCGCCGGAGUUCAGUAUCUUCCGGGAGGAUUUUCCAGCUCUGCCAGGCACUACGCGACUACCAUCCAAUCCGAAUUCGGCGGUUCCCGACGACUGGACGGCCUUGAUGAGCGAUGGGGAACAGGAAGAAUUUACCAAAUUCAGGGAAAUUGUCAUGUCCAGCGAUACGAACUGCAGUACCGAGGACUUCCUUAAUAAAACCCAGGACCAGAACAAGUCCCGGGAAAUAGAGUAUCUGCCGCAGCUGUACGGCUAUCUCACCAAUCCGUCCCAUUUCGAAGUGAGCCUGAUCUUUGGCAAGCAGUUCCUGCAAGAGGGCGUGAGACAAAGGGCCUUGAGUAACGGCUACAAGAAGUCUACUCUGUGUAACGCUGGUAUCAAUCCUCCUCCCGGCUUUGAGAAUGUCAAAAUCUAUGCCCGCCUGAAGACCAACAGUACGGGCAUGCCACUGGGUGGAGUCAACUUCGAGCUGGAAUCACCUCUUUAUGAUAGGAUGUGGAAUAUGAAUGCUAAUUCUUCGCGCUCCACCGUAGAGGGAUGCUUUGGUAUGCUAGGAUUGGCCAGCAAACUGGGAUCGAUGCAGCGAAAUCCCCUACUAAUGCCGCAGAUAUUUAACGAUGAUGAGACCGGAGAGGGCAGCAGCUCCUCCUUUCCCGGAGCAAGUGAUGGCUACCAUGUGCCAUUGAACUAUCGUCUGGCUGGAAAGUUGGGGCUGCAGCAGCCCAAAACAGGGCAGAUGCAGGUGGAGUUGCUAUUCUACUUCUUUUACACAUUUACCGGCGACAUGAUGCAGAUGCUCGCAGCAGCGGAACUGGCGGAACGGGGUUGGCGCUACCACAAGCACCUGCGUGUUUGGAUCAGGCGGCAGCCGGACAAUCCCAACUACUCGUAUAGGGGCUUCCAGGAGUCCGGCGAGUACAACUACUUCAACAUGUGCCAGUGGAAGAUCCUGCCGCGUCACUUUCAACUGGAUCCCGAGCAGCUGGAGCGGACACAGACCAAGGAGGAGUUGUACGAGAUGUAUGGCUACCACCCGCAGAUGAGUAGCCCGUAAACAAAUAUGAAUCGCCAGUCUUCACCCAUUCCCCAGGGGACUCAGUGGCGCUUCAAUUUGUUUCGUGGCUGUCUUAUGUUUUAUACAAGCAAAGAUGUAAACAUAUUUUAAAUCAAAUAAGAAUUUUUCUUAAAAAGA